GUCCUGCUCGGACGGGGUCUCACCCAUGGCUUGUCAUCGGAACAGAAUGUGGGCUGUGGUGAUGUAACUGUCGGUUUCUUUCUCCGGAAGACAUCUCAUCGCACAUAAUCACGGCACAGCAAUGUUUGUUCGGGAUGUUGAUAAGUGAGUGGAUAUCUGUUGUAGAUUUAUUUUGGAUCUGCACUCUAUGGAGUUGGAUUCAACACCUUGCUGUCAAUUUGAAGCCACUCUUCAAAAAGAAUGUGCCUAACCCCUGUGCUCUUCCGGGUGCUACUUCAGUUCAUUUGGGUCCGGUUUCAGCUGUAGCGGCAGAACUUGACAAACAGGUCGUGGGACCGCCUUUAAACCAAGACCCAGCCUUUAUAAAUACGCACCGUUUCUUCCUGCAAACUAGAAACCACGACAAGCGCUCCGACGCUCAUCAGGGGCUGAAACUAAAGUCGCCUGAUUUACAGGACAGCCAAUCCCCGCUGCAGCAUUACUGACAGGCAGACGCUCCUCUAUAAGCCGAUCAACCCGGAAUUAAAGCGGGGCACUCACAGAGGAGAAACAAACAAGACAAGAAACUCGGAUCGCUUUCAUUUUUGCUCCAGAAGGAGCAACAACAAAACAAACUCUCGUCAACAUGAUGAUGCAGCUGCCAGAAUCCUACACUCAGAAGAACUCCCUCUUCUGCGCCAUGAACCGCUUCAUUGGCGCGGUCAACAACAUGGACCAGACCGUGAUGCUGCCCACUAUGCUGCGGGACGUCCCGCUGGAGGAGGACAGGGAGAUGAGCUCCAUGAAGUCGGACGAGGACGAGGGGGACAUGUACAGCUACUACCAGCUGCUCAAGUCCAUCCGCUGUGACAUCGAGUGGGGGGUGCGGUGCGCGGAAGCCGACGAGAGGCGCAAGGAGAGCAUGACGACCAGCCGCAAGAACUCGUCCAUGUCCACCACCUCCACCGCGUCCACCGCGUCGAUGUCGUCCGAGGAGGACGAGGAGGAGGACGAGGAUUUGCAGAAGCAGUUCCAGUACCACCUGACCGGGCUGCAAGGGGUGCUGUCAAAGCUCACGCUGCAGGCCAACUUUCUCACCAAGCGCUACAAGCAGGAGCUCGGGAUCGGAGGAUGGGGCCAGUAGCGCGCAGAAACUGACAGCGCACCGUUUUUUGUAUUGGACUUCUCUUAAUGGGCCUUUUAUAUUUUAUUUUUUUUACUGCUGCUGUUACUACUACUGAUGAAAUUUGUGGACAAACAUUUGAAUGGUAGAUAAAAGAAAGGGGGCAGCUUAUAUCUCUCUUUAUGUGGUAUUAUUGACUGCGGAUGUGUCGAUCCCGGGGGAAUGCGUUUUGUGCACUUGACGCCCAACUCCUGUUUUGCACUACAAAGUUUUGUACACAUCGCGUAUUCCCCGUAACGCUCAGAUGAAACAUAUUUAAAACCUGUUAUUUAAUGUAUAAUUUAUUACUUCACGCUGUAUAGUUUGAGAGCCCAUAUGUUCUGCCGAAAGCCGGAGGAGAGGACCGCAUGAACCCGCAGGGCCUGUCUGAACCGCCCCCACCUCUCUGAGGGGAGGGGGGGGGAUACUGAUGAAAGAUUCUGCUUCCUGUUUGUGUCGCCGAUGAUGUCAGUGUGUUCAGACGGACGUGGCCCGUGUGUGUGUGAUCGGUGCCCCCUUCGAGCCUGACGUGUCUGUGUCUUUAAACUUAGCUUUAUGGAGGGAGGCAGAUGCUCACUGCCUGUGAUCUCCUAAUGCCCUACAUGGCCAAUGAACCAGAAUGGUGCCUCUGCAUUAAGAAUAAUGAGAGGUUUCCAACAAGAUGCUUUUGUUGCCAUUGUCAUUUAUUUGCUAUUGUUUGGACGUGUCCAUCUGUCGAAAAGAACAAAGGCGUCUGCGCCUUCUGCACCUCUUUUGUACUGAUAUUUGUUUUCUAAAAAAAUAAACUUUUCUAUGAACUUA